UCUCUCCCCAAUAGGGUCUCCACCGGCAGGAAGAUCUACAGAUCUGCCAACUCUGAGUGAGUUAAUAACUCGCUCUUAGCACUUUGAAUUUAAAGGAUGAUGUAAGUGCGGAGCUUCCAGCCAAAUCCAACAUGGGCGCAAACACCUCCAGCAAGUCACCACCGUUUGACGAGAACGAAGACGUCACCUUCGACCAUUUUGAAAUUUUGAGAGCCAUUGGAAAAGGCAGCUUUGGAAAGGUUUGCAUAGUCCAGAAGAAUGACACCAAGAAAAUGUACGCCAUGAAAUAUAUGAACAAGCAAAAGUGUGUGGAACGGAAUGAAGUGAGAAAUGUCUUCAAGGAGCUACAGAUCAUGCAGGGAUUGGAACACCCUUUCCUUGUGAAUUUGUGGUAUUCAUUCCAGGAUGAGGAAGACAUGUUUAUGGUGGUUGAUCUGCUUCUUGGAGGAGACUUGCGUUACCACCUGCAGCAAAAUGUCCGCUUCCAAGAGAGCACUGUGAAGCUGUUCAUCUGUGAACUAGCACUGGCACUGGACUAUCUCCAGAGCAGGAACAUCAUCCACAGGGACAUAAAGCCUGAUAACAUCUUGCUGGAUGAACAGGGACAUGUGCAUAUCACAGACUUCAAUAUUGCCACCGUGAUAACAAAAGACACUCAGGUCACCACUAUUGCUGGCACUAAACCAUAUAUGGCACCCGAGAUGUUCAGUUCUAUAAAACCCAUUGGCUAUUCCUAUGCUGUUGACUGGUGGUCAUUAGGCAUUACAGCCUAUGAACUUCUUAGAGGCCGGAGGCCAUAUCACAUUCGCUCUAGUACUGCUGCAAAUGAAAUUGCCCACAUCUUCAAGACAGCCACAGUUAUGUAUCCUGCUGCUUGGUCAAAGGAUAUGGUGUCCUUAAUCCAAAAGUUAAUGGAAAUAAAUACAGAGGAACGGUUUUCUCAACUGACCGAUAUCCAAGACUUUGCUUAUUUGUCCGAUAUCAACUGGGAUGCUGUACUUCAAAAGACAGUAGAGCCUGGAUUCCUUCCUACCAAAGGGAAGUUGAACUGUGACCCAACCUUUGAACUUGAAGAAAUGAUCUUGGAGUCCAAGCCACUUCAUAAGAAGAAAAAGCGCCUGGCUAAGAAGGAGAAGGAAAGCGGCAAAAAUGAUUCCAUGGAGACCUGCCAGCUUCAAAAACACCUGGAGUCAAUCCAAAGGGACUUCAUCAUUUUCAACAGGGAGAAGAUGAGGAAACAGCAUAAUGAAAUGCAAGAGAACUUGACACUGACACAAACCAAAGACAAUCAGGAAGAAGACGACCAGAAUAAUAAUCUUUGAAAUCAGUUUAGCUUCUGCUGAGGUCUUGCUGUCCAAGGUCCAGGCGUCUACUUUACCUACUUCAUGGAGCUCAACAAAUCAAACUGCACACUGCUAUCAAGACAAGGCAGACAGCUUCCCUUGCUAUGAGCUCUCCAAACCAGAAGCUGAGUGUCUCCUUCCACCAUAAGGAGUUAGGGCCUAGUCUCUUGCAGCAGUGCAUAAGGCGCAAAUUCUCAUUUUAUGCCUUUUCCGGUGUUUUAAAAAAGCAGGAAAGAAGGUGGUGUUUUCCCCUCAAAGGGAACAAGAAUGAAGAAAGGCUAAGGUCAUAUUUUCUUUAUGUAGCUUUUCUGUGGCAGGAUGUAGGGUUUGCUGAUUAUUGGGCUCAGUCAACUGCCUGUAGGAGAGUGAUAAGGUUUUAAGUGUUUGUUAGGUGGGUGGCUGCAUAUUUUAAUAGAUGUUUCAAAGAGAUGGUCCAAAACUAAAAUUGUGCAAAUGGACAACAAGAGAGUCCAAUGUCAACACCAGCUUUUUCUGCACCAGCAACUACUCUGAUCUAAAGCUUAUAUUUAGUACACCAGCUCAAAAUAUACAAAGAAUUAUUAUUUGCCAUAGAUUCCCCCCUCCACACUCUAUUGGCACUAUAUAUGUAGCGUUCAAGGGCAAAUGGAUGUGGUGAGUGUGUGAUCUUAGAGUUGCUAUGUGAAUCAGAAAUUGAAUUGUUGGCAAGUAGGUACAAACAAAGAUAUAAGUCGCUGAAAUCUUCUAAGGGGAUGUGGUUAGAUAGAACUCACCAGCAAGUACAGCUGACAACUCUAACUGGGGGGGAUGGGGCUGAACUUAAAACAUUGUUGUUUUUGUUUUUUUAAAAUGAAAUAAAGGCUGCAUAAUCAGGAAUAGCCAUUCAGCAAAGGUUGAUGCCCCCUAAAAUCAAUAUGACAGCACAUCACACUUAACUGUAUGAAGCCUAUUACCUUUGUAGCCUUAGGUUGCUAUUUGACACUGUAUGCACUCAGAUCUGCUAGGAGCUGCCAAAGGGGAAUGAGCAAGUGAGGUGGAGCGAGCGUACAAAGCAUAACAAUGACAUAAGCCUCCAUUUUUUUGCAAUAUUAAGAAUAGUUCUUUAAGGAAAACCAAUAUUGUAUGUAUCGAAAAUUCACUAGAUUUUUGCUCUGUCCUGCUUCAGGACUCUAGUCAUCUUCUCGCCAUGUUCUCUUCUCUCCAUGUUUCCGCUGGAACGCAGCUGGCCAAGUGAUAUCACCGUUGUGAAAGUCAAGCCCAUAGUUUGCAACUGGGAGUCAAAAUGAGCCGAGUGAUUAUUCCAUCACUUUUGCGGCCAACUGCCCCCUGGUGGCCUUUCAUUUUCGUGCACACUCGUGUACAAAAAUGUUUUUAAAAGAAAAGCAGCAAAGAAAAAGAAACUCUGCAAGGAAUAGACACAAUCCAGCUGUAAGUUCAGUACUUUUCAAUGCCAUUUAUUUCAAAAUUAGAAUUAAACAUUGGCUAGACUGUGCCCAGCAUCUUGGGUUUUAAUCACUGUAUUGAAGCAAGGCAGACAGACACUUCAUAUAUUUGGCGAACUGAGCAAGCAAUCCCGUCUUCGCUUUAUAGGCUCACUGGGCUGCUUUCACAUACGAGAAGCUGCUUUCUAUUAAUAUCUGGUUUCUCUUGCACUCAAGGAAAGCCACUGCCUUGUGGGGAGAGGACCAAUCAUCUGGAAUAAGUAGUUUAUCUGCAUGCACAAAGAAAGACGGGCUGCUUAAGCCCAUCUAUUUCUUCAGGCAGCUUAAGCUAAAAUUGCUGCCUUGGAUGUUGAAAUCGAUCAAAUGUUCUCUAAGGCCCUCUAGCUACAUCCUUUUUAUGUGUACUUCCUGGAAAAAUAAUAAUAAUAACAAGCCGCAAUUUAUUUUUCAACAAAACACUUUGGCUUCUUUCUGCCAAAGAAAACCGCCCCAGGUGGCAGCUGGCUGUGACCCAGCUCUCCGCUGCUUUUAAAGGUGAAAGGCCAGUAGCUGUCUUGGGACCAAAAUAUUUCCAAAAUGAAAUAUAUGUGCCAUGGAAUUCUCCCAGAACCAGAGUCGAAGCGGGUUCCAAAGUAGAUGGGAUCAGAGCAUUGCCUUGUGUGCCUGUUGGGAUCAUUGCAUUCAAUAAGAAGCAGUGUCUUUGUAGUGACACUCAUCCUGCGUUGGAGACGGCACACUAGUCUCUCCUUGGCUUUUAUCAAUUUCUCUUCUGUAGACCAGGCAUGAAUGCAAUUGUAUAACGUUAAUCAUUAGAUAGCCAAGCUCAGCAUUACCCAACGCAAAAGGUGAUCACAAACUACCCUUCCUUUGGCCAUGGUGCAUUAAACAUAGCAGAUGCCAACAUUCUGAAUAAGCUCUAAGACUGGACUAUAGCCUUGCUGUGCUCUGCCUGGGCUGUAAAGCUGAGAUGAUUAACUGGGGGCUCCCAGGCUCCAGCUCUCCCUGCCAUCAUUCCGCCUGGCCUGCUGCACCAGGCUGAAUGGUCAGGGCAUUGCUUCUCAACUGGGAGGAGCCCAUGCCACUGUAUAGUAUCAAGGAAAAUCCACAAAGCCCUUUAACACAGCUUUGGUCCAACUUCCACUAUUCACACUAUAUUGAAUUUAAGUCUUACUGCUAUGCUAGGACAAUCUGUACGCCAGUCCCAUUGGCUUGAUAUCUCAGCUGCAUGUAAAGCCUAGAAGUAAAUUGGGAUUGUUGCAGCACCAGGGAAUAGCCUUGUCGAGAUGCGUUGCUUUUUUAAGGCUGAAUGUGAGCUACUAGGCCUGAUUUGUACAAUGUAGAACAGUCAGCCUCAAAAGACUGUUAUUACUAGUCAUUGGCACUACCCAAUCGGUGCCCAAAAAACACAAUGAUAAGCUGUGAAACACCCACUUUUAAAGCAGGUUUGUGAGUUAUGGGGCAAGACACUAUUUUUUAAAUUUUUAUUUUUUGGGAAUAUCAAACUGUGGGCUUAGGGUCAAACAGUAAAUGCAUUAGCAUAUUUCUAUAGGUAUACUUCCCCAUCAACACCCACACACAUCUUGAUUGGAACUGUGGAACUCAACUCUGUCCCAUUUCCCCCAAAAACAUUCCCCUGAAGUUGCUAUUUAUGCUUAUAGCCUCUCAUUCAGAAAAAAUGCACUAGGCGAGAGGGUUAAAACUCCCUUCCUCCAGGGUGGUUUUUUUUUUAAUUAAAGAUAGUGAGAAGCAACAGUGCAUUAAACCUACUAUCCUAUUUGAUGCUCUGUUGGUAAAUGUGUUUUGCAGCAACAGAAUCAGUAGCUGACAACUGUGUUUGUGGUAGAAUAAAAAAUUUUGUGGGCAGGAGUGCCUUAUGUCUAAUUUGAAUCCCAGAGUAUGCCACAACUUGUCAGGUAUUGCACUAUUUUAAAACGCUAAAAGACAAUACUUUAGAUUGAAGAGGACAUGAGUUGCUGGCUAUUUCAGAACUACCACUUUAGGUCCAAGCAGCAGCAAUAAUUGUUUUUUUGCAUUCCAGAGGUAGCCAACAUGGUGCCCUUCAGAUGUUGUUUGACCAGCCCCAGCCAGCAUGACCAAUGGUCAGAUUAUGGGAGUUUGCGUCCAGCAACAUCUGAAGAGCACUGUGUAGGCUACCCUUGCUCGGUGCAGUUUUGAUCUCUUGUCACUUUCAAGCAAUAACCUUCCCAUGAAAAGUUUAACUGGUAAACAGUUGUUCAACAUGCCACAGUAAAAUGGCCGCCUAUGCACUGUCUGCCCUGGAUAGCUUUCUGCACAGCGAUAAAUAGGAGGCAUUAAAUCUGGUUAUAGCCACAUAUCUAACAAUUGUAAGCAAUUGGGUUUUAGGCUUCAUCCUUUUGUCUUGCAUAGAAAUGGGCUGUGAAGACAGCUUGCUCAUUAUCAAUGUUAACAGGUUAGUAAUUAUGUCAGGUUUAAUGAAAAUACACAAGUGGUAUUUCUGGCACUUUUCUUCUCUUCCAUUUUAUAAACAUGGUCUAUUAAACUUUCUAUAAGACUCUUAA